CUCAGAGUCUCUCCAAUUUUCUGUCUGGAUGUUUGAAGCGCCAGCAACACCAAGAUAGAGACAUGUCUAUUUGACAGAACCUCUGAGGAAAGGCGGUCUUGGCCAAGACGAUUCACUUUUUAGUAUCUCACAACUUAACGAGACAUGGCCAAAUCCAAGGUCCAGGCUCGGCCUAGCCAGCUCAGUAAUGAACGGAUCGUGGACACGAGCGACGAGGAGAACGACAUGGUCCAAGGUCAUGGGACAGCCAAGAAGACAAAGAAAUCAAAGCCAUCUGCCAACUCCCCGAAGACGAAUGGGAUUGGGUCGAAGACGAACAAGUCCAAGCGGAAAUCUCCAACUCCAGAGUCGACAACGUCCGAUGCAGAAUCGAGCUCCAGUCCUCUGGCUGAAGACGAAGCCCAAGAAUCUUCAGGAGCCGAAAGUGACGAUGGUUCGGAUAGUGAGGGCGAUUCAAGCUCCGCAACCAGUUCGACCUCGUCCGCUAAUAAAAGGAAAUCAAGACCAGAACCUCAAACAGCAUCGAGAAAGAAGACAAAACCCAACACCAGUUCAAAGGUCCGAAUUGCACCGGUGCCUUACAAAGCGCCAUCUGGCUACGAGUCUUUUGCACUGUCAGCCUCUGACUCUGCCUCGCAAUCAACUUCGCUGUUCGAGAAUCUAUCUGGGAAACAAAUCUGGCACAUAUCAGCACCCGCCUCGUUGUCACUCCAACCCAUCACAGAACUCGAUAUUCAGGCAGCCCUUCAGGGAAGGUCCAUACUGACCAAGAAUGGCAUCGACUACAAUAUGCACCCGGCCCCGUCGCAACAUGAAAUCCUACUCUUGCCAGCCGGCCAGGACUCUACAUAUGAGCAAAUUGAAGUUGGCGUCACUCGAACCUUUGAUCUGCGAGAGAUGAGCACGAUCCCACGGGCCAAGGCGAAGGACAAGGCGCAGAGCUCAACAGCGUCGAUUGUCUUCACUGCCACCAAAGAAGGCACCACAGGACAGCCACGAAAACAGCCGGAAGGACUGCGGCAACGGUAUAUUCCGUUCGGAGCGCAGGUUGGCAACCCCGAUCAGGCGAUUGGAAAGAGCCGCACUACGUUUCAAGUGCCUGAUGAAAUUCUGAGAGAAGAACCUGCCAACAAGGCUACGACUUCGAGCCUCAAAAAGAUGCAGACAGACGGAGGGGAUACACCCAAGAAACAGAAGAAAGACAAGUCUAAGGCAUCCCCGGAAAAGAAGAAGAAGAGACGGCGCAUAGUUGAUGAAGAAGUGGUGUAGACGGUGGAUGAGUGGGUGUGUUGUCAGUGACCGAUGCGACGCUCUUAUCGCUUGAGUUUGUCAAUUGACGAGAGCAUGUGGACCAAUUUCGUGCUUUGGGUACAGUCCUGUUUUCAGUAUCUAUUGCCUAGAGUCAUGAUGGCCAUAAGCAAGAUGGAGACAUGAUAGCCAGUGGACAUUCUACGGGCUACAGAGCCUAUUCUGGGCAUAAAUGGAACUGGCACGACUGGUCGAGGGGCCUGCGCUUCCCAGCUUAGUUAACGAAUCCAUGGCGGUGCCUGGCAGAAGCAGAUCGCGGGGAAAGGGUGGCGCCCCUCAAGCCCGAGGGCCCCAAAGAAGCCCUAGACUCUCUGUAGGCUUGGUAUCAUUGGCCCAAGAUGGAUGGGAAGGGGGAUCAGCUUAUA